CCAUGUUGUUCAAUGUUGGAAGUGCUUAGGUUUAAAUGGGUUCUUUUCUGAGGCUUAGUCCAUGGUUAGAAGGCUUUGGGUCUUUUUAUGGGCGCUUCUAUUUCUAAGGUUUUGUGUUGUAUGGACGCCUAUUUGUAUUGUUUUUCAAGAACUGGUGAAAUCUAUCUGCAAUUCGAUGGACGUAAUUUUUAGUGGUAAAUCACCACGUGCGGACGCAAACUCCUCAUCUGCUUUGAUGCAUGAAGGCUCCACUGAUCGAUGCUCAGUCUACUCUCUUGCAAGGCUUAAGAUGAAAAGGAAAUGCAUGGAUGGAGACGGCCAACUAAAGCAGCACAUGAUUUAUGGAUGGUGGAAGGAGCCAAGUGGGUAGAAGAACAUGGCCCUCAUUAAUGAAGGCCUGGUAAUAUGGCAUGUGGCCUGUGGGACAUAUUGGCCUUCAUGGCUUUACUAAAUGUCAAUGAUGGUGAUUAUGGAAGAGAGUGGGAAAACUAUAUAUGAGCUUAAUUGCAUUGAAAUCAUAAGAAAUUCACACUUUGUGAAUUGUGAGUAAUUUGAAGGAAAUAUGGUAAUU